UUGCAGGAUCUAGUGGGGAAACCUCUCUUGGGCAUCGCAGUUUCCUAGCAUCAUGGCCACCACUAUCAGGCAAUAUACCUCCUCCUCUUCCAUGAGGGGGCCUGUGGGUUUCAGUGGGGGCUCUUCGCGGUUUUCCUCCUCCCAUCUUGGAGGGGGCUACAGAGCACCCAGCAUCCACGGUGGAGCCGGUGGCCUCUCUGUCUCUUCCACUCGCUAUGUCUCUGGAGUAGGCAGUGCCCUUGGUGGUGGCUAUGGGGGCAGCUACUGCAGCAGUGUGGGCGGUGGCUUUGGUGGUGGCUUUGGUGGUGGCAUUGGUGGUGGCUAUGGUGGAGGCUUUGGAGGAGGCUUUGUUGCCGGCGGUGAAGGGAUCUUGGGUGGGGGUGAAAAGGAGACCAUGCAGAACCUGAAUGACCGUCUGGCGAACUACCUGGAUAAGGUGCGGGAGCUGGAGGAAGCCAACUCGGAGCUGGAGAUUAAGAUCAAGGAGUGGCACAAGAAGCAAGGACCUGGCCCAGACCGUGACUACAGCCAUUAUUUCAGGACCAUUGAAGAGCUGCGGAGCAAGAUACUAGGGACCACCAUUGACAAUGCUAGCAUUGUCCUGCAGAUUGACAAUGCUCGUCUGGCUGCCGAUGACUUCAGAACCAAAUAUGAGAAUGAGCUGGCUCUGCGCAUGAAUGUUGAGGCUGACAUCAAUGGGCUACGCAGAGUCUUAGAUGAGCUGACCUUGUCAAGGGCAGAUCUAGAAAUGCAGAUUGAGAACCUGAAGGAGGAACUGGCUUAUCUCAAGAAGAACCAUGAGGAGGAAAUGAGUGUUCUCCGAAGCCAGCUGGGCGGAGAAAUCACAGUGGAAAUGGAUGCUGCUCCAGGUGUGGACCUGACCAAGAUCCUGUCGGAGAUGCGUGAGCAGUAUGAAUGCUUGGCAGAGAAGAAUCGCAAAGAGGCUGAGCAGUGGUUCUUCAGCAAGACUGAAGAGCUGAACCGUGAGGUUGUCACCAAUACCGAACAGCUGCAGAGUAGCAAGACAGAGAUCACAGAACUGAGACGCAGCAUCCAAGGCUUGGAGAUUGAGUUGCAGGCUCAACUCAGCAUGAAAGCAGCAUUGGAGAGCACCUUGGCAGAGACAGAAGCCCGCUAUGGCACCCAGCUCGCCCAGAUCCAGGUUAUGAUCACCAGUGUGGAGGAGCAGCUGGCCGAGCUGAGGUGUGACAUGGAGCGCCAGAACCAUGAAUACAAGAUCCUCCUAGACGUCAAGACCCGCCUGGAACAGGAGAUCGCCACCUACCGUCGCCUGCUGGAGGGAGAAGAAGCCCACAUCAGUUCCCAGUACAAUGCAGCUGUGUCACAAUCUGGAAGAGACGUGACAAAAACUUCACGCCAGGUCCGCAUGAUCGUUGAGGAGGUUGAAGACGGGAAGGUGGUCUCUUCUCGUGAGCAGGUCAAGCAAUCUACCUACUAAAAAAGAAUUCAUGGUCCUAAAUGCCCCCUGGCUGGAGUGCUGUGGAUACAGUUGGGAGAACUUAUCACAGCGAUAUCUCCAUGCAUUCUGUAGUGUGUAUUCUGUGUGUGCAUGACGCUUCCACAGAAGAAGCAGAGCCACACUGCCUUGUGGCCUUUUGAGUCAACUGCCCUGCCUGUAAGCAACUAAUAAAGCAUUGUUUCCUCACUCACACAAAA